UAAAGUAACAGGUUGAGACAAGUUGACCACACUCCACACAGAUUGGUUUAUCGAAUCGAGUCAAAGAGAGGCGAUGGCGGAACCGUCGACAACAUCAACAACUGUAGUCUCUGAAGAAUCAGAUCCCGAGCACGUGAAAUACAUCACCGAUUUCUUUAAUAGUGUGGGAGUGUCUUCUACGAUUCCAGAGAAUCAUUCUACAACGGAUUUCUACUCCAAUAUUGUUGGCGGCCAUCUUAAAGUUCACCAAAUCCAACGUGGCCACAUCACUUGUCAUCUCACCGUCAAACCCGCUGUCGCUAAUUUUUACGGUGGAAUACAUGGAGGGGCAGUUGCAGCUCUAUCAGAACGAAUGGCAAUUGGUUGUGCUAGAACUGUUGUGGGAGAGGAUAAGGAAAUAUUUCUGGGCGAAUUGAGCAUAUCUUAUCUCUCCGCUGCCCCCAAAAAUGCGGAGUUGAUUAUUGAUGGCUUUGUCGUGAGGAGUGGAAGAAAUUUGACAGUGGUGGCGAUUGAGUUUAAAUUCAAGAAUUCUGGGAAGCUAGCCUGUACUUCUCGUGCUACUUUUUAUAACACCCCCAUUUCCAAGUUAUGAAGUUUCCUCUACUUCUGGUGUUACUUUUAAUAUUGUCAAGUAAUGGUAUAUGUUAUAUGUAUAUCGCAUUCCAGUCUCAUAUUCUCAAGACUAAUAUUUGUGCUGCUAUACGAAAUCUCUGUAAAAGUGGGCGCCGGUGUCCCGUGGUAGAGAAUAAUAAUAGUAAUGGCCGUUGCGUUAGGCUCGUUUGGUUCACUUU